AAGCCUUAUUUUACAGUCAAACGGCAUGAAGGCCACAUGCUCAAACUAAGGCAAUCAAAAUGAGUUCAGCAUAUUUAAACAUUGAAUUUAGCCCAUGAGACAAGAUUGUAUCACACAAGUCUGACUAAUUAUUUCUGCAUUUAGAAGAUUUUCCUUUAACCAUUUUCUUUUUCAAAAUGUUGACACGCUUCUUUUACUCUCAACAAACAAUGUUGCUCUCUCUUGCAUGAAAUGCACAUUGUGAAAAAGUCGGUCAAAUAGGGGGGGAGUCGUGGGUUGCCGGUGACAACUACUAAAUACUUGGGAUGUUUCUUAGCAGCAAACGUGCUGAGACAGCACUGCGGAGAGGCAAAUGGCGAUGUUCUAACGUCGUGUCACUGAGGCAAGGGAGAAAGGAAAAAAAUAAAGGAAUGGAUACAGAGAGCGAGCACUGGUGCAUAUACCAGUACGAUUCAGUGGUUCUGGCUGAAGGAUAAACAGUCCACACUGUCAUCACUGGUUACUGGGUGGAGUACUGUACUGUUAUUAACUCUCCAAGAGAGUAUGAGAGUGAAGGCUGUGGCAUCGAGAGAGAAGGAGAUAAAUAUAACACAAAAACUACAGAGGGAGAGAGAGAGCGAAAGAGAGAGAGAGAAAUAGUUGACACUCAAAGAGAAGAAAGAGCCUCAGACAAAGAAAACCGAAGAAAGGAGCGUCAAGUUGGUGGGAUACUAAACUAGUUGAUGCUAUCAGAGAUGAACGAGGCAGGUCUGCUUCCACUGAUCCAGGCAGGAGAUGGGAGGACUCUGUCCAGAGCAGAGUUUCUCUCGUUGAUCAACACCUACAAUUGCUUCCUCAAGGACCAAACUCAACUGCAUCUCAGUUACUUCCAGCAGCAUGAUGGCGGGGAAGUGGUCGUAGAAGGCUUCCUAAAUAUCUGCUGGGGAAUCCGACGACCCAUACGGCUGAAAAUCCAGGAUGAGAAACAGACGACUCCUUUUGCUCCCCUGAUCUCAUUUGACCCAGUCAGCCCAGUCAGUCCACCUGGAAACAGGAGGGGCAUGUCACGAUGGGGGGAGUUUCUCGACCUGCACCAGAUAGAUGAGAUAGCUGGCACGGCACAUGAAACAGUCAGCAAAAAUCCUCUACCAGGCACCAUUUAUGAGACCACAACACUCCGUCCUUUGAGGCAGAAGAGCUGCGAGCUGGAGUCCGAGUCCAACCUGUUCCGCUGCAUGAGCGAUGCCUCGCUGGUCAAGAGGAGGAGUCGCCGAGGCAAGUCAGCGGCACAAAGAGAAAGAGAGCGGCAGCACCGCUUUUCUAUCAAUGGACACUUUUAUAACUAUAAGACAUCCAUCUUCACCCCUUGCUUUGGCACCGCGACCAAAGUCCGCAUUACGAGUAGCAUGACCACAAACCAAGUCAUCGAACAGCUACUGAACAAAUUCAAGAUAGAGAAUGACCCUCAGGAGUUUGCACUAUACUGUGUUCACCAAAGUGGCGAAAAGAGGAAGAUGAGCAACAAGGACCAGCCGCUAUGGGAGCGCAUCCUACAGGGACCCUCGGACGACACCAUGAAGAUAUUUUUGAUGGACAUGAAUGAAGAGGAAGUCAGCAAUGAUGUGGCCCAGUAUUUGAACUUGGAGCUUCCUAUCUUGGAGCAGGUUCUCCGGAAUUUGAGAGACGAGGAGAACCGGGAGAUACAAAUGGUUAUUAGCAAGUACCAAAAGCAUCAAAGAGUCCUCACCCAAAUGCUAAGCCGCAAGAUUUCACCUCACGUUGAAACCAGUGUCUGACAAGACGGAACACACAAACGGCAACGUGAAGCAAACCGGAGUGAGCUGGGCUGCAACAAAACAGGAAAGGGAAAUCAAUCUGCUCCCGAUACAUGAAGAGAGAGAGAGAGAGAGAGA